AGGGAAAAAUGGCGGCGUGUUUUAUGUUGCGCCGCGUUUCUGCAAACUUAACUUCUUCUCUAGCGAGGAUUUCACAUGUUCAUGUUCUCUCUCCUGCGGGUGUGAUGGGAAAAAGCUGUUUUAGAAGAGAUCUGUCUCAGACUCCGCGCUUUUGUACAGCUCUGAAGUACACAGACAAACAUGAGUGGGUACGUGUGGAAAAUGGCUUAGGUACAGUGGGAAUCAGUAACUUUGCUCAGGAGGCUUUGGGUGAUGUGGUGUACUGCGGUCUCCCUGAUGUUGGCACAAAACUGUCCCAGUCAGAUGAAUUUGGUGCUCUGGAGAGUGUGAAGGCAGCUAGUGAGCUGUACUCUCCUUUAACAGGGGAGGUGACCGAGGUUAACCAAGCUCUUGCUGAUAAUCCAGGGCUAGUCAAUAAGUCUUGCUACAAAGACGGCUGGCUGAUUAAAAUGACCAUAUCUGUACCAGAGGAGCUGAAUUCUCUAAUGGAUGAAGCUGCAUAUGAAAGAUACAUCAAAUCUAUAGAAGACUAGUAACCGGAGCCAACUUUAUGUGCAUGGAUUUUAUAUGUCCUCCUGUCUGUAACAGGAAAAAGACAAUACAGUCAGUUGUGGACUGGCUAUUUCUAAUUUACUGAUUCCUCUGAUUAGAGCUGCUUAAGUUUAGAUAGCAUAGAUCAAAUAUGGAAUAAGUAUGUCAACAACCACUCACUUUUACAAAGACUGAUCCAGCGACUGAAUCGGCGAAUAUUUGUUAUUUUUUUGGCAGUUUUUUUUGUCAUGAUAUAUUUCAUGCAGCCCCAGCAACCAAAAGUCAGAGCACAUAUUUUGCAUUCCAGUGUGUAGUCAUGCUUGCAAUAAUGUCAUGAUGGUUCAAAGUCUGUGUGUGGUAGUACAGAUUUGGUGCGUUGAUUCCUAUGACUGCUUGUUCAAUACUAGUUUGUUUUCAUGACCAGUUGAUGCUGGUAGAUAAAAAAUACUAAUACUUAUUAAAACUCUAAUUUUCUCAAUA